CCAGCUCCAGCCCGACGACGGCGGAGGCAGCACAGAGCAGCCGUGUGCAUCAGGCCCCCCCUCAGCUCAACUCGGCUACCGGCGUAAAGAAAAAAAGAUGGGCUCCCCGUAAAUCCGGGCUGUGGAGGGGAGAGGAGGGCAGGCGGGGGGUGGGGGGAACGACGAUGAGAGUGUGGUGUGUGGUGGAAGAAACAAACAGAGAGAGGACAAACAAAAGCACAACCAAGGGUGCCUGUAUCAUGAGCGUCUUGCACUAAUCGCCAGAGCCACGGAUCAUGUCGUGAGGUGCGGCUCUGUAACGCUCCAGGGAACCUGUCAGCCGAAACGACACGCCGAGGAGGAGGAGGUGGAGAGGUGGUGGUGUUGGAAAAGAUGUCCGCCUCGGUGGGGCCCCAGGGCGGCCCUCGCCCACCCACCGUGCCGCCAUCCAUGCCGGAUUUACCGGACCUCAGCCAUCUCACCGAGGAGGAGAGGAAGAUCAUUAUGGCAGUGAUGGCUCGGCAAAAGGAGGAAGAGGAGAAGGAACAAGCCAUGUUAAAAACACUGCACAAGCAGUUUGAGAGCUACAAACAGGAGGUGCGUCGCAUCGGGGCGGACACACGGCGUCAGCAGACCCAGCAAAAGGACGACGCACCAACCUGUGGUAUCUGCCACAAGACCAAGUUUGCUGAUGGCUGCGGCCACCUCUGCUCCUACUGCCAGACCAAAUUCUGUGCUCGCUGUGGAGGGAGGGUCUCUCUGCGCUCCAACAAUGAGGACAAAGUGUGUCUCAUAGUGAAGGACAGGGUGAUGUGGGUUUGCAACCUGUGCCGUAAGCAGCAAGAGAUUCUCACCAAAUCAGGAGAAUGGUUUUCGGGGUCAGGGGUGCGGCCUGGGGGCCUGAGCACCUCCUUGAACGACCCAGCCAUGAAAGGUGAGGACCAGCGGGACAGGAAGCUGCUCCGCUCCAGGUCUCAAGCCCCGCCAUCCACCACCAAUACCAACGCUGGGCUGGACGGGACACAGCCACCCACCGGUGUCACUGGUGCCAAGGGUGCUGACACCAUGCCUGGAUCUCGGUCCCAAAGUGAACCACCUAGAGAAAAGAAAAGACCAGUUUCUCUCCAUGAACAAAAUGUUAAGAGAGGCACUGGACGCGGACGUGGCCGGAGGCCUGCUGGGAAGUUAUCAUCUCAGUUAUCCCUGGAUGAGCGUAUGGCCCCUGGAGAGAGAGGAGAAAGGCGGCUGGGAGAUGGACGCAGGCUGGAGAAGAUCCAUUCUCAGGAGUACGAGGAUGGAGAGGAUAAUUUUGGUCAUUCAGAAAUACACCGGAGACAGCCAGAGGAUGAGGAGCAGAGGGAGCAGCAGCGUCGUGAGGAGGAGUUUCAGAAUCGCUAUCGUAGUGAUCCCAACCUGGCAAGGUACCCGGUGAAACCACAGAAGGAGGAGCAGGAAAUGCGUAUGCAUGCUAAGGUGUCUAAGGUACGCCACGAACGCCGACACAGUGAUCUGGCGAUCAAUGAAGUUGGACUGGGGCCUGGUGAAGGAGGAGGUGGGGGAGGCAGUGCAAGGGAGGUGCCUGAAAACCGUCUGGCCAGGAGGGGUGGAGGUGGGGAGGGAGACCGCAAGGCCGUCUUGGAGAACCACCGAGCCUACUCUGUGGAUAGGACCGUGGGGGUCGGAGGGGGAGCUCCAUCUGCUGGAGGUGGAGUGAGAUCAGGGCCCCAGCCUGGGGAAACAGUUCCUCCGGACUGGGGCCCAAACAAGGGCCGCCUAGAGUCUGGUACAACAUGGACACCAAGAGACAAAGGUGGGGAUAAACUGCUCAGGAAGGACUCUCAGAGCUCAGACCAGUCGGAAUCUCUGCGGCCGCCCCCUCCACGGUCCUACAAGAGCAAGCGCGGAGUCAACAAGAGGCAGAUGUCCAUCAGCAGCUCAGAGGAGGAGGGUGGCUCCACGCCUGAGUACACCAGUUGUGAGGAUGUGGACAUGGAAAGCGUCAGCGAGAAAGGUGAUUGGGACUGUCAUCCUCUAGAUCCCGCAGUGUGGCAUCAUCCAGUUUCAUGGCAGCCGUCAAAAGAAGGUGACCACCUGAUUGGACGCAUCACACUAAGCAAGAGGUCAGCCAUGCCUCGUGAAGCGGGCUCCCUCCUUGGCCUAAAAGUAGUGGGAGGGAAAAUGACACAGACAGGCAGACUUGGGGCAUUUAUUACCAAAGUCAAAAAGGGCAGCCUGGCAGAUGUUGUGGGCCAUCUACGAGCAGGUGAUGAGGUGCUACAGUGGAAUGGGAAGUCAUUGCCGGGAGCAACCAAGAAAGAGGUGUACAACAUUAUCCUUGAAUCCAAGUCUCAACCUCAAGUGGAAAUAGUUGUUUCAAGACCUAUAGGAGACAUCCCAAGAAUCCCAGAGUCAUCCCACCCUCCUUUAGAAUCUAGCUCUAGUUCCUUUGAGUCACAAAAGAUGGACCGUCCCUCUAUAUCAGUGAUGUCUCCUACCAGCCCUGGGACCCUCAGAGACCUUCCUCUUGUACUGCCUGGACAGCUCUCCGUGAGUGUCUGGAAGAGGGUAAACAGAAGUUCAUGUGAACAGAUACAGAUAUGGAUAGAUGCUAACUCCCUUCACAUAUCAAUUCAGGUGAAGCUGUGGUAUGACAAAGUAGGCCAUCAGUUGAUUGUCAACGUCCUUCAAGCCAUAGACCUACCAUCCCGACCAGAUGGACGACCUCGGAACCCUUAUGUCAAGAUGUACUUCCUGCCUGAUAGGAGUGAUAAGAGUAAACGGCGGACUAAAACAGUGAAGAAGAGUGCUGAGCCCAAGUGGAACCAGACCUUCAUAUAUUCUCAUGUACACCGGCGGGAUUUCAGGGAACGCAUGCUGGAGAUCACAGUCUGGGAUCAGCCUAGAGUUCAGGAGGAGGAGAGUGAAUUUCUGGGCGAGAUCCUGAUAGAGUUGGAAACGGCCUUGCUGGACGACAUUCCUCACUGGUAUAAACUCCAGACACACGAUGUGUCCUCUAUACCUCUGCCACAGCCCUCCCCGUACCUCCCACGCAGACAUGGCCAUGGAGACAGCCCCAGCAAGAAACUACAGAGGUCUCAUCGCAUCGUUGAUACAGAGUUUGAUGAUGGUUUGAUGGUAGUGACUAAAGGUGCAGAGCGUAACUCCAGAGAGAGAGAUCGAGGCAGUACGUUGGCUGUGCCUGAGCAGCAGCGUCCUGUCCAACACCGCUCCCGCUCCGUGUCUCCCCACAGAGAGGACUCCUGCAGAGCCCGGUCCCGGCCUGCACAUGUACCCAUGCAAAGGAGUUUGGAUGAGAUCCACCAGAACCACCACCCCUCUCCUUACCAUGACUCCCGCUUGGAGCGCCAGCGCUCCGGUGACUCGGACUAUGAGUACUCUGAGGACAGUGAGGUCCUGGACAUGCACAGGUCUAUCCGGGGCGGGAGUGCCGAGUGCCUGCACACAAACAGCUCCACCCUCCCUGCAUGCCUAAACAGCAAACCACCCCGCAGGCAGGAAGGGGGUAGUACCAUACCUCGUAGCAUCCUUACACAUCGUGUGCUCAGGUUCACUGAUGAAGUCACAGUUAGUGACCUACAGCCGUCAUUGGACAGAGUGAGGAGUGCCAGCACCACUUGUCUGAGACCAGACACCAACUUUCACUCCUUUGACAGAGACAGGAUGCUCCUCCUCCCCUCUAGGUGCUCCAGCUCUUUGCCCAGCAAGACUCCCCCAAGUCCCAGGAUCUUAGUAGAACAUGUGGCCUUUGAGGAAGACAGGCAGUGUAGCAAUACAUCAAGUCCGAACUGUCACAGGGGGAACAAAAAAAGCUUGGAGGGGUACAGUCGUAUCCAGCCCACCUCUAUCCUGAGGGGCAGUAGGGGGAGAGGGGGCCCACUGAGGCCCUUUGGCCAGACAGCCCUUGCUGGGUCUUGCCCAAACUCACCACGACUGGACAGAGCGCACACUCAUGGCAGCCCCUCUCCUCCAAUGGGGACGCCAUCAUCAGGUCGUAGGGGCAGGCAGCUGCCACAGCUCCCGGCAAAGAGCAGCAGCAUAGAGCAAGCUCUUGCAGUAGAGGAGCGAGCCCGACAGUUGCAGAUGAAAGUGCAUUCCUACCGGCCUUCCUCCUCCCGUGACCAUGAGACAGACCUCAAGACCAAACGGGAGAUGUAUGCAGAACAGAGGCGUAGCAGUGACAACAUGUCAGCCAGGUCAUCAGACAGUGAUAUGAGUGAUGUGUCAGCCCUCUCCCGUGCCAGCAGUGCCUCCCGCCUCAGUAGCACCAGCUACAUGUCUGUUCAAUCAGAACGGCCCGGGGGACGCCUCAGUCGGCAGAUACGAUCGUCGAUGGGCCUCAGCAUGCUGAAGAGCUCCAGUGUGAGUGGAGAGAUUUACACCCAGGAGCGCAACGACGGCAGCCAGUCAGACACAGCGCUGGGCACAGUGGGUGGUGGCAGCAAGAAGAGGCGCUCCAGUCUCAGCGCGCGGGUGGUGGCCAUUGUUGGCAACCGUCGCAGCCGCAGUACUUCACAAAUCAGUGGCCCUGAGAGGAAGAGUAAGAAGGAGAAGGGUACACCCAUUCAGAGGAGCACAGAGACUGGCAUGGCAGUGGAGCUGACUCGGAACAUGAGCCGCCAGCCCAGCAAAGAGUCCAACAAUGGCAGCAUAAACAGCUGUAACUCUGAGGGGAAUUUGAUCUUCUCUGGAGUGAACCUGGGUGCCAGCAGUCAGUUCAGUGACUUCCUGGAUGGUUUGGGACCAGCUCAGUUAGUGGGGAGGCAAACACUUGCUACUCCUGCCAUCGGUGACAUUCAGAUUGGUAUGAUGGAGAAAAAGGGUCACCUGGAGGUGGAGGUUAUCAGAGCUCGAGGACUUGUACAAAAGGCAGGGUCCAAAUCUCUCCCUGCUCCAUAUGUCAAGGUCUAUCUGCUGAAUAAUGGAGCGUAUGUAGCCAAAAAGAAAACCAAGAUUGCACGAAAAACACUUGACCCACUGUACCAGCAAGCACUGCUAUUCGAGGAAAGUCCACAGGGUAAAGUCUUACAGGUGAUUGUAUGGGGUGACUACGGCCGCAUGGACCAUAAAAGCUUCAUGGGAGUUGCACAAAUCUUGUUGGAGGAACUGGACUUAUCAAGCACAGUCAUUGGUUGGUACAAGUUGUUCCCACCAUCCUCCUUGGUGGACCCGACACUUGCCUCCAUAACGCGGCGAGCAUCCCAGACAUCGCUUGACAGCUCCUCUGGACCUCCAGGGGUCCGAUCCUAGUGGACCAACAGCUCGGCACCGCUCGGCGAGUAACAAACUCACAAAAUGUACUGUAGAGCGAAACACAAUUAAUGGUGGAAAUGUAUGACAACAACAAUCAGAAAUGGUCCUCAUGACAAAGCUUUGUUGAAAUCUGACAAUCACUCCUGUCGCAGUUGUAGGGAGCGCCACAUUUCAGUGUUUCAUAUCCAUUCUAAGAAAAAUCUCAUAGUUUUUCUCUGUAUAUGCUGAAGAAACAGGGCUGUUGACAGUCACCAAGCAGUUGCUCCCCCCCCCCACAAAAAAAGUGUCAGAGAAUCCAAAUGAUGCAGGGUGGUUUUUAACUGAAUUAACAAUCGCAAAGAAUUGUAUGUAAGCAUCGGAAUGUAUUGACUUGAGACAGAAGUAAUCACCCUCCUCACCUGCAGGUGACACUGUCCUCUCUGCGGUGACCCCCAGCAGACUGUGGG